GCGAGGGAACACUCUCCACCUCGCAACAAUAGUUUGAUAACAAUAAUAACCGAGAAAGCGAGUGUUUGAGAAACCAAGUAAAAAGAACCAAAACAAUGUUCAACAAAUAAUAAUUGAGUUAGAACUUAGUUGCAAAAUACUCAAGACAUGGCUUCUUCACUAUCCAACACAAAAACACUACUUCAUACUCAUUCCUUCAAAAACUCUUUAUCUUUUCGUUCUUCUCGUUUGAUUCUAUCCAUUCCUUUCUACUCCAAAAACAAACCACAGUUGCUUCAUUCUCGUUUCUCUUCUUCCCUCAAAGUAGCUUCUUCUUCUUCUUCUGAAGCUCAAAACAAUUUGCAAGGGAAACCGGUUCUUUCACAAGGUAAAGGAGGAAUUGUGGAGGAACAGAGCAGCUAUUCCUAUCAACAAGAGGAGGAAGAAGAUAGUACUGAUGAAGAGGAUAAGUGGGUUGAUUGGGAAGAUCAGAUUUUGGAAGAUACUGUUCCUUUGGUUGGUUUUGUCAGAACCAUUCUUCAUUCUGGACAAUAUGAAAAUGGAGAUAGACUAAGCCCAGAGCACGAGAAAACCAUUGUUGAGAAGCUGCUUCCAUUUCACCCUGAAUCUCAGAAAAAGAUUGGAUGUGGAAUCGAUUAUAUCACGGUUGGCUAUCAUCCCAACUUUGACCGCUCUAGAUGUAUGUUCAUAGUGCGACAAGAUGGAGAGCUGGUCGACUUUUCAUAUUGGAAAUGCAUAAAGGGCUUGAUCAGAAAGAAUUAUCCAUUAUAUGCAGACAGUUUCAUUCUCAGGCACUUCAGGAAUCGGAGUCGUAAUUUGUGAAGUUAAUAUCUUCUGCUUGUUGUAACAUUUUAUGUUAGAAUUAGCUUCCUUUUAUUAACAUUAUUUUCACCCCUUCCAUUUUUCUUGUACUAUUAUUGUUGAUAGCUAGCAGACUAUUUUAAAGGUUGAAAAUAAAUAAUAUAGAAAUUUAUGGAAUUCAGAAGAGUGGUUAGCAUUUAACAACUCAUUGAUUGGCGAUAUCUUUUCAGUGAUUUAAAAUUAUGGGAACGGGGAUUAUGCAUACAGACCUUGAUGACAGUGUUCCUUUCAGUUAAUUUCAAGAAAUCAAAGUUUAGUUUAUUUGUAAUA